UAGUUUUAUUAUUGUCUUUUAUACUGUGAUGUCCCCGUGCUGGUAUUAGUUAGUAGCUACCCAUCAGAUGCUGUUGCUCCAAUGGCAAGUUGCAUUAAUGGUUCUCACAAAAGGACAUUUGAUUGUCUAACAAAAAAAAGGAUAUUUGAUUUCUUCUCUGAUUUUGGGGACUGUUGCUACCGAUUCCUUUCUCUUCUUUGUUACAAGGAGCCAUGCGCAGCAAGGUAGCAUGAUCAGGCAGCUUGCAACAGAAGAUUUAUUUUUGGGGAAUUUAGAUUUUUGUAGCGUUGAAAGGUGAGAAGGUUGGUUAAAACAAUGGUUUGUGUCUCAUGCUAGAGUACCUCCUCCUGAUUUUGGGUGUCGGUGCUGCUGUUCUAAGUCAUUAUGUUAACAGAAGAGCUUUUAGCAACUGCAAAGCAAGCUGAGGGUGCCCAGAACGUUGCAGGUCUAUCACCGCCGAAUUAUUCGGCUGGAAUGCAGUCAGAGGGACUGGGUGACCUUUCACAUUCACAUAAGUUUGCGGUUGGGACUAGAGUGCAAGCCGUGUGGAGCGAAGAUGGGGAAUGGUAUAAUGCAACAGUUGAAGCUUUGACACCAAAUGGAUAUUACGUAGCCUACGAUGGCUGGGGAAACAGGGAAGAGGUGGACCCAGAUAAUGUGAGGCUGCUUGAGGAAGAAGCUGCUGAUGCUUUGCGACAAGCUGAAAAGGAAGCUGAAGCCACAAAAAUGGCAAUAAAGAGGAAAAUUGAACAAGCAGCCACAUCUGAUUUUCAGGCGCGGAGCUUGCCUGCCAAACUUCGUAUUGAACCAAGUGAUCCUGAGGAUGUUAAAGCUGCAAAGCGUAAGAAAAUACAUGCUUUCAAAUCGAAAGCCCGCUUUGAGCAACUUGAAUUUGCACAAAACAAGCGGCAGAAUGCAUGGCAGCAGUUUCAAACAACCAAGGGGAAAGCUAAAAAGGUAGGGUUCUUCUCCGGUCGCAAGAAGGAGAGCAUCUUCAAGUCACCCGAUGACCACAGAGGUAAGGUGGGUGUCACUGGGAGUGGCAAAGGCCUGACCGAUUUCCAGAGGAGGGAGAAGCAUCUGCACCUCAAGGGUGGGUCUGCAGACGCAUUGGAUGACGAGGAAUAGACUCUUCUGAUGCGUCACUUAAUUUGUUAGCGAGAGCAUGACCAAACAUUUUCAUGUCUGGGGUUUAUUGCCGACCUGGCCCCCAAGUGGCGCCUGUUCAGUAUGUUCAACUUGUCGAAUCUAGAAAUCUCACAGAUAUGUCAAUGAUUUCAUGUUUGUGGCGUGGCGUUCUGGUGUCCCCCAGCUCAUUUUUGUUAACGAAAUAUUCUGGCGUUCUGCUGUCUCGAGGUGCGCCUGUUCUGUUGUAGAGUUUGCCGGAGCUGUUCCCUUGUCUCAGGCUCUCAGCUGUUGGUCAGUUUACAAGUUGUACCGGAGUAUUGUAGCUUUCCUGUAAAAUUUAUACGGUUUUCCUCGUGAUAUAUUACUGCUCUGAAA